UGUUUACGUUGUCCAAUCAAUGAUUGAUAAGUGUUAAAAUUUCCAAGUCGUAACAAUUUACAUAAAAAAUUCGCAGCAAUUUGAAAAGAAAGAUAAAAAAUUUCUAGAAAAUCAACUCCAGUAUUUCAACUGAAGCAAUUCAUCGACCUUCGUCAUAUUUUUCAAUCAAAUCUCACCCAGAACUCAUCAAAAUGGUCUACGUUGCUCGAGAUGGUACAGUUCGUGAUGGCCCCAAACCUUGGGGAAAGGAUAGACUAAAGGAGACAUUCUGGUCAUUCGUAUCUGCUAUCGAGUUAUUUUUCCAAACAUUAAUACCUGCAUUCCCUUCAUCGUCGAAUCGUUCCGUAGGCUACAGAUCCACUGGAGGAAGCUCUUCCUCUUCAUCGUCUUCUAGAAGGGGACCAGGCUCGUCGACUCAAUUCAGAGGUGGAUUCAGAACGAUGUCUGAUAUUGCUCCCCCUCCCACCAUGGGUGGAUGUUCCGGUGGAAGUUGUGGAAUGUAAUCAGAUCGAUUCACCAUGUUUUUUCCAAGGUAAAAUGUAUAAAUUACCAAGUUUUAUCAACGCGUUUAUUGAAUUUCGUCAUAUUUUUAUAGCGAUAUCAUCAUUUUAUACUCUGUUAUCGUCAUCUUUAUAAAACCGUAAUGUACGAGUACGAGUAUGAUUUUUCUGUAACCUAUUCUAGUGUGUAAUAUUAUUAUAUUUUUAUUGUUUUCAAUUUAUUGUUCUAUGUAAUUUUUUUGCUACCUAAUUUCACGAGUUAGAUUUAUCAAUAAAAUGUUUUUUUCAGUUCAA